AGAAAAUAGUUUACAUGUUGUGGUGAAUUGUGGUGAAGCACUACUGAAGAAUAAUACAUACUGGCCCCUUGUUAGUGAUUUUAUAAACAUACUUUCACACCAAAGCGUGGCAAAGAAGUUUUUGGAAGAUCAUGGUCUUUUGGUAACAUGGAUGAAUUUUGUAUCAUUCUUUCAAGGUAUGAAUUUAAAUAAACGAGAAUUAAAUGAGCAUGUGGAGUUUGAAUCACAGACCUACUAUGCUGCCUUUGCUGCUGAGUUGGAAGCCUGUGCCCAGCCAAUGUGGGGUCUUCUGUCACACUGCAAAGUUAGGGAAACACAAGAAUACACACGGAAUGUUGUUAGAUAUUGCCUUGAAGCGCUUCAGGACUGGUUUGAUGCUAUCAAUUUCGUAGAUGAGCCAGCUCCUAACCAGGUUACUUUUCAUUUGCCACUGCACCGUUACUUUGCCAUGUUUUUAAGUAAGGCUGUCAAGUGCCAAGAAUUAGAUUUGGAUACUAUCUUGCCAGAUCAGGAGAUGCUGAUGAAACUAAUGAUUCAUCCACUUCAGAUCCAGGCAAGCCUUUCUGAAAUUCACAGCAACAUGUGGGUUAGAAAUGGCCUGCAAAUUAAAGGACAGGCUAUGACUUAUGUGCAGUCUCAUUUCUGCAAUUCAAUGAUUGACCCUGACAUUUACCUACUGCAAGUCUGUGCUUCUAGGCUUGACCCAGAUUAUUUUAUUUCAUCAGUUUUUGAAAGAUUCAAGGUGGUAGAUCUACUAACAAUGGCAUCACAGCAUCAAAAUACAGUUCUUGAUUCAGAGCAUGAAAGAUCCAUGUUGGAAGGAGCUUUAACAUUUUUGGUCCUUCUGUUAAGUCUUCGUUUACAUUUAGGAAUGACAGAUGAUGAGAUCCUCAGAGCAGAGAUGGUAGCCCAACUGUGCAUGAAUGACAGGACACACAGUUCAUUGUUGGACCUUAUUCCAGAAAAUCCCAAUCCUAAAAGUGGUAUUAUUCCAGGAAGCUUAAGCUUUGAAUCAGUCUUGUCAGCAGUUGCUGAUUUUAAAGCUCCUGUUUUUGAACCGGGAGGUUCCAUGCAACAAGGAAUGUAUACACCUAAAGCUGAAGUUUGGGAUAAAGAAUUUGACCCUGUAAUGGUAAUACUUCGAACAGUUUACCGUAGAGAUGUACAGUCUGCAAUGGACAGAUACACAGCCUUUUUAAAGCAGAGUGGUAAAUUCCCUGGGAACCCAUGGCCUCCUUACAAGAAGAGAACACCACUACAUCCGAGUUACAAAGGUCUCGUAAAACUUUUACACUGUAAAACCUUGCACAUUGUGCUGUUCACACUUCUUUACAAGAUAUUAAUGGAUCAUCAGAAUUUGUCAGAACAUGUCCUUUGUAUGGUUUUGUAUUUGAUUGAACUGGGGUUGGAAAAUUCUCCAGAACGAGAAUCAGAUGAAGAGGUGGUAAGAUGUUUCAUUUAAAAA